AUGUCGGCCGCGCGUUGCUGCUUGCUGCUCGCCGUGACAGGCAGCUCUGCCGUCAUGGACAUAAAGGGGAAGGGCGGGCAUCUCCGGAGGCCCAGAGAACAGGCGCCUCAUGGUUUCAUAGUGGGCGAUGGUUCGAAGGUGCACGUGAGCGUCGAGGUGCUGGAGAGCGGAGGAAUGCUUAUUGGCACCACCGCGAUCGAGGAGCCGGCCCGCAUAGAAACCGCGGAUCUGUGCACGCAGGUCGGGGUGGCAUGGUUGGCGCUGGUGCUUAGCGGCGGCGUCUUCGUCAUCUUGCCCAGGUACCAGACCCUGGCGCAGUUGCUCCUGUUCUUCGGGGCCCAGAACUUCAUGAACUUGUUGUACAUCAAGGCGAUCAUGUCCAUCCACACGGUCUGCCAGGAGCUCAACAUACGGCGCUUCCAUGCGCUCCUAGUGCUGACGGCCAUGCAGCAGCUCGCGGGCUUCCUCUUCCCGCGCUGGUGA